GGAGAUUUGAUUGCCUGACACGAGCCUGCGGAUCCAGGCUUUGACUUCUCCCCUUGAGAUAAUAGCCUCCUCGCCCCCCCUAGGGCUUCCUUUGAUGAUGAUGAGCGCCCUUUGCCGCUUUUAGGGGGAGGUUUGGCACGGGAAGAAAGUACAUCACGUGCCCAUUCCAGCAAUCACCCCGUCUUCCCGCUCCUCCGUAGGGAUAAGCAGCUUAGCCAUACGGUGAGGCACUCAGUAGGCUUUUCCGUGCUCGUCAUUAUUCGCUCCACUGCACCCAGCUGUCACCUACAGGCGAGCUCCUCAAGUCAAUCCCGCACCCGGACUUCAUCGAGCAACCAUUCUUCCUUGAUCACAUCCAAUCCUUAUUCCGGCCCUUGCCAUCCGAGAAGAUGCUACGAACUCAAGUCGUAAAGCUCGCAAGGGCUUCUGCAACUCCUUCGAUCCGUCGAUCCUUCUCCAUCACGGCCGUGCGAGCUUCUGAAGGAGAUACUGGAGCGCCCAGAUAUGGUGGAUCUGCUGCUGGUGAUGCCUUCACCAGACGCGAGCAAGCCAGCGAAACCAAGUUCAUCAGGGAGAAGGAAAUGGAGAGCUUGAGAAAAUUGAAGGAGAAGCUCGCCCAACAACGGAAACACCUUGAUGAGCUAGACGAGCAUAUCCAAGAGUUGGAGAGGGACGCCGGUGGUGAAGACCCUCAACACACCAAGGGCCAAUAAAUGGAAGCGACUGUUCUCGUCUUCUGGACAAACAUUGGAGGAUCUGCGCAGAUGUAGCGAGGGCAACAGCGACGCUACGAAGCAAGUCUGGAGGAUGAAUGCCAAAACGCAAAGCAACGGAAAAUCCUAGCUCAAUGGACAAACAUGAUUCAUCAGCUGUACAGAAAUUCGGCUACGAGCCUGGCAAUGUCAUACGUCUUCACUCCCAUGUCGACCGAGAGUCCAUUUAUUCAUUCGAACUUUCCGAUCUGAUCGGUCUAGUCUUACAAAACUCGCAAUUUUAGCUGAGGUGUUCAUCACCCCGUUCCGUUGCUUCCCACAGUACC